UGACACCACCAUUAACCCGAUAAUAUACAUGUAUAAGUGGCAGCAGUGGAUGAAAUAAUAGUGUGCUGUGUUGGCUGUUCUGUGGCGGGUUGUGUGGCCUCAGCGUUGUCCGGGGCUGAAGCAGCGGCGGACGGCUCGCUGACAGCAGGAUGCCCGCUGAGCCCUCCUUCUGAAUCGAUCACUGCUGAACUACUGAAACUUCUUAGAAAGGCGUCUAGAAUUGUAACUGUAGCUGCACACCGAAGCGUGAGAAGCUCAUCCGAAUCAUGGGGAACAUUUUCGGGAAUUUGCUGAAGAGCCUUAUAGGAAAGAAGGAGAUGAGGAUCUUGAUGGUGGGGCUCGAUGCUGCAGGAAAAACUACCAUCCUCUACAAGCUCAAACUGGGGGAAAUAGUCACCACAAUCCCAACCAUCGGGUUUAACGUGGAGACGGUGGAGUACAAGAACAUCAGCUUCACCGUGUGGGACGUGGGUGGGCAGGACAAGAUCCGCCCCCUCUGGAGACACUACUUUCAAAACACACAGGGUCUGAUCUUUGUGGUGGACAGUAAUGACAGAGAGCGUGUGAACGAAGCACGAGAAGAGCUGAUGAGGAUGCUGGCUGAGGAUGAGCUGAGAGAUGCGGUGCUCCUCGUGUUCGCCAAUAAGCAGGACUUACCAAACGCCAUGAACGCCGCCGAGAUCACAGACAAGUUGGGCUUACACUCCCUGCGCCACCGCAACUGGUACAUCCAGGCCACCUGCGCCACCAGUGGCGACGGCCUCUACGAGGGUCUUGAUUGGCUGGCCAAUCAACUCAAGAACAAGAAAUAAGAAGAGAAUCGGGGGGAAAACCAGCAGCCACAACCGUCCAGCUUUUUAUUUCAUUCGGGAACGGGGGGCGCGGGAUACGUAGUACAAGGGGGUUCGGUUGAUAGGUACAAAGCAAGAUUCGGGGUUUGGGGGAGAUUUUAGGGUUUUCAUUUUCAGUCUGUUAUGGUUUCCUGAUGGUUUUCAGUGCUUAUUGAAAACAGAUUCUCAUGUCCAUAUUUAACCACACACACACACACACAAUUGCACACUAACCGUAAGCAAUCACAGCAGACUCUUGCUUUUCCCGUGUCCACCUCUUGUCUUUAGGUGCAUCGUACUGUACAUUAGUCAUAGGUGCUGUACUGAGUCAUGUGUGACUCCAUCGUGUCAGCAAAAAGACCGGCUUGACUCUUUGUUGACGUAUGUUUUUUUUUAACUGUCGUCCAUGCAAAGAAGUGUCGUCUGUGUCAGCCGCGCUUCCUGUUUUUUUUUUUUUUCUUUCCCUGCGGGGUAACAGAGAGCCAUGUUUGAGAACAAUCACAGCUGGCAGAUUCAUGUCACCACAGACUUAAUUCAGUCUCCCUUUUUAAUUUGUGAGCAAUGCUGAGGCACUUUGAUACUCAGAUAAAGUGUGUACAUGUGUGUCUGAGCGUGCACGCAUGCUGUAUGUGUUUGUGCAAGCGGCCGAGACAGCAUUAAUCAUAAACAACUCUGUGAACCAGAAAUAGAAAACAGAACUGGAAUCUCUCUGUCACACAUCCUCUUACUGCCCCAUUUUGGAAAUCUUUUGAUAUCUGUGGCGUGUUUCUACCCCCCUCCGUGGCACCCCGAAGCGCUUGAGCCGCCCUUUUUAAAUAUUUUAAAACGCACAACACGUUCUUGACUGCCUGAACUGCAUGCAUCCCGGUAGAUCUCGCUGACUGUUCUUGCAUACUUCUCUGUCCUCUGUAAAGCUGCAUGGACACUGUUUGUCGAUUUGUACUCUUUAACUGCCCUGAUCGUGCUCUGGUGUUGUUUACUGUAGGAUGCCAGAAACUUAACCAAACCACCAACUUCUGUAGGUGUCAACAUGUGCUAAAUACAGUGCAAUAUAGUCAGCUUUAUGCUACAUGGUCUUUGAUGUGAAAGCAGCAUAUAGGUUAAACACAACACACACGCACACGAUCCACACAGCUGCUGCUUGUCUGCCUUCUUGUGUGUCCAUGUGAGUACUCAAACUGCAUCAGGUUGCUCUCGCUUGUGUUGUUUUUUGUCUCUACUUGCAUAUCAGGGGAUGAUUCUGUUGCCUGAUAAUGUUUCUGAAUGUGAAUAUUGUUGAUGAAUCCACAAAUGGCUGUAAUUAUAUUUAUUUGACACACACAUUGUUUAUUUCAGUGAAGUGUUUGAAAGAAAGCAGGGGAAGCAGAUCAAUAUGUCCGUGUUAUAGUUAGUGAAGGUUCAUCCACGACUCACCUCUGAACAGCAGACUAGUUACCGCAUCACCACUGAUACCAGCAGAACCCACACACUACCGUCAAUGAAACUCUUUCUUUGUGCCAUACAUGGGUACUCACAUAGUACGACACCAGUAACAGUAAAACCGUCUGUAUGUCCACCAACUUACCAGUUCACCAUUGUACCAUUGUUCAUAUUCAGCAUCUAUUGUAUUGUUAAAACAUGAGUUUGAUCAGUUGGGUUUUGUGGCCUUAUAUUCAGUGAUGUAAAAAAAAAAACUGCUAAUUAAUUUCCUCUCAGCUCGUUUGCUUCUGAUUUUGAGUCACAUAUAUUUAUCUAUAAAGAAUGAUUUACAGAUUUAUUUCUCUAUGCCCUCAAAAGGCAGGUUUUGCACCACAGUUCAAGAUGUUUAGGCAAAGGUUUUGUCCUUUAGUAUAUUUUGUUUUGCCAGUAUACUUGAUACAUAUUUGGUGGUAGAUUUCUUUGGGAGUUUUUUGGGGGGUGAGGAGGGGAGGGGGGUGUAAAAAAAAACAAACUUUGAUGUAGACUGUGUCUGUGAAACAAUGAUAAUCAGUGCAGAAACAAAUAAAAAAAAUACUUCUGAUGAUUCAUUCUGUACCGUUAUAGUUACACAAGUAGAUUUAAAAACAGUGAAGACCAUGUUUCAAUGCUGAAUGCACGGAGACAUCUGUAUGUGAUGUAAGACAACAAAAUCCUGCUGUAUUACAAAUAAACCCAUUUUCUGUAUGA